AUGUCUAAGACAAAAGAAAAGACAACUAAGAAAAAUGGUCUGCAGGAUGCCAAGUUCGGAGGAUUUAAUGGUGGUGGAUACCCAGGUAACGGAGGGUAUCAAGGUGGCGGCGGAUAUCCAGGAAAUGGAGGGUAUCAAGGUGGCGGUGGAUAUCCAGGUAAUGGAGGGUAUCAAGGUGGUGGUGGAUACCCAGGUAAUGGAGGAGGGUACCGUAAUGGAGGUGGAUACCAAGGCGGUGGUGGACGUAAUGGAGGUGGGUACUGUAUUGGUGGUGGGCGUGGUGGUGGAGGUAGAGGAGGUGCUUACAGAUGCCGACAUGGUUGUUGUUACCGUGGUGGGUACUAUAAAGGCGAUUGCUACAAUUGUUGCUUUUCUGCUGCUCAAGCCAAAGCCUUUGCUGCUGAAACUACCACUACGACCGAUAAUCUCAAGCCUUAG